ACAGAAACAAGAAAACGCUGCAAUUCAACUUGAUGCCAUUUGCCUCACUGAGUCGAUGAGUGAAACUUCGGAUAAGGAGAACACAACUGUAACCUUGCCAGUUGUAUCCUUAUCCACCCCCAUAAAUCUUCUGGGAACUUGUAUGCCCAGCGCGCGCAGGUUGGUAGGUUUAGCUAUUCUCUUGUCUGGCAAGCGCUCUGUGGAGGCGUUUGGGGCUUCAAACAGACUUUUUUUAAUGUAAUUUCUGGGGGCUAUAUUUGCUGACGCGUCACAUCGUAAGGCGACUUGUAGCGUCUUAAACCACCGUGUCCGUGUACAAACCUGUGGAGUGUGCUCGGGUUUUUGGUCAGGGUUUACCGGGGUCUGAACUUUUUUAGUCAUCAGCCCAAUAUUGUUCCUCGUCCCAACGAUGGGCCAACGAGUCUGGAUUUUGUUGCUGGUGCUGUCAGCGGUGAUUCUGUGGGUGCAAGCUUGGCCCAGGACGGCACUGUUCGGCUACGAAACGGGUGGGCAAGAUGACGAAGAGACUUUCCUGAAGAGAGUCCGGCGCCAGAGCGAUAGAACCCCUACCACUCAGAGGCAGUCGAAGUACCUGUUGUCCAUACUCAACCAGCUGAUGAAUGACCUCAGUCUGGAAAUUUGCGAAGGAGAUAUCACCAAGGGGGUUCAGUGUCUGGAGGAGAAUCUUUGCGUACCAUGGGAAGGUAUCUGUGACGGUGACCAGGUAUGCGGACUGGAGACCAGAGCCGGUUGUCUCAACAGUUCCUCUGUGACUUAUGGCGUACCCCAAGAGAGACUAUGUAAUGGGGAUGAGAACGAGGACUGGUGCGUGCUGCCUCAGUAUGUCCCCAAAACUUGUGGUGAAAAAGUGGAAGUGCCGAAGGGUGGUAAAGCUACCGUCUACUCACCUUACUUCCCCGGCAGUUAUUUGGGUGACAUCAAAUGUGAGUGGUCCAUCCAAGCCCCACAGGGCACUCGCCUCAGCGUCAACGUCAAAAGCUUCGAGUCGGAAGAGAACUACGACUUCAUGAACAUAGGUCCAGGCAAGAUGGAGGAAGACGACAGCAAUUAUUACAUCUUUAAACACAGUGGACAGGCGCCUCCUUCGACACCUGCUUUUAGCACACCCGACAGUAACCUGUUCUUGACAUUUCAAACCGAUAUGUGGGUCACGUACAAGGGUUUUGAGGUUGAAUUUGCCGAUGUGGAUGCUUACGACCCUGGAGUUGACAUCAAUGACGUUUUGGAUGACGGUGCUGUGAACAAUACCUGCGGUGGGGAAAUCACACUCAAGAGCGACGAGGAGGAAACCAUCACUUCCCCGCAGUACCCUCAGAAUUAUCCCAACAACUAUCAGUGCGACUGGAUCAUCUCGAUUGAAGGUGGUCAGCGCGUUGGUGUCUCCUUUGAGACACUUGACUUGGAACCAGACGCAGAUUUUUUGGACAUCGGCACCGGCAGCAGUCCUGGUGCGCCUACGAUUCGGUUGACUGCCAACAAGCGCCCCGAGGAAGCGGUUAUGCUUGACUCUAGUACCAUAUGGAUGAGAUUGAAGACUGAUCGAAGUAUCAACAGACUAGGUUUCAAGGCUAAAGUCAGGGAACAGCCUUACAACGAAUGUGGAGGUAACGUCCCCAUCAGACGAGAUGGCUCAGCUGUCGUCGCUUCGCCUCAGUUUCCGGAUGUUGGCUACCAUCUCAACCAUAACUGCCUGUGGAAUAUCAAAGGUGACCCCGAGAGAGGUUUGACCGCCGUGUUCAAGGACUUCAACACCGAGAAGCAGUGGGACACGGUCUCGGUGGGAUUCGGACCCGAACCGGCCCGGGAUGGCUCCAAUUACGUCAUCGAGAACUGGAGCGGUGAUGCGCUGCCAGAACCGGCUGAGUUCACAACGGAUGAGAAUGAGAUGUGGAUCCACUUCAAGACAGAUGGUACUGUAAUCGAUCGAGGAUGGAAAGUACAGAUAUUCGACAGUAAUAUCAUGUCUUCAAACACCACAGUAGAAGAAAAGGCCAGGGUCAAACCAGACAGGGAUUGCGGGGGUACGGUUCGCUUCGAUCCUAGCAUGGGUAAGGCUGUCAUCACCUCUCCUGAUUAUCCGAACAAGUAUCGGCCCAUCCUGGAUUGCCAGUGGUUCAUUGACAUCCCCUACGAGGGGAAUGUCUUGCUGCACUUCGAGCAGUUCAACACCGAGAAGCACCGGGAUGUGGUCAGCGUAGGUACGGGCUCCAACCCGGACGACGAGUCCACGGCCCUUAUCAACAUGCACAGUGGCACUAAAAAACCCGAGGACGUCACCACGGACCAGAAAAAGCUCUGGGUCAGAUUCCUGACGGACUUCCAGACGGAGUUAAACGGAUGGAAGUUGGAUAUAAUCUCUGUCCCCACCCAAGACUGUGGUGGAUAUAUCAUGGUGCCAUCUAAUGCAUCUAUCUCCAUCGCUUCUCCUGGUUAUCCAUACCGCUAUGAAGGCAACCAGAAAUGUAUUUACACGCUUGUCGGACCCAACAACAGGCGUCUACGCGUUAGUGUGGCGGAUUUUGAAUCUGAGCUUUAUGGCGGCGUUCUCAGCAUCGGAGAGGGAUGCAGAAAGAAGGACUUUGGUAGCAGCGUGAUUGUGGAUCAGCACAGUGGCUUCGUUCGGCCGCUUUAUGACGCCUUUAUCCCCCGGACCAACGUGGUCUGGAUUCGAUGGGUAACGGAAUACGACAGGCCGUACAAGGGAUGGAAGAUUGUGGCUAGCGACACGGGUCUUGUUGGUGAAUUACCACAGGAAGAGGACGGUACCCCGAUUCCCUGUAACCCACCUGGCCCGACCACCCCAGCCACGACAACUGCAGGGCCCACGCCAGGCCCUACCGAAGCCAGUGGUAGCGGUUACCCAGACUGGUACGAGGAUGGGCCUGGUAAUGAAGUACCCGUGGAACCAGAGGUUCCAGACUUCAUACCCGGGACUGAUUACUCUGUGUAGAAGAUGCAUCAACCGUUCGCUGGCAUGCCAUUAUCGACGAGCACGGGGUCUAGGUUCAAAUUUCAGUGGCGAACGUCAUCUUUGUUUUUUCAGUUGAACACAAAUAAUUACAUGUAGAAAUCUGGAACUUGCUUUCAUCCAUAUAGAUCGAUUUUCUGGGUCACCGCAGCCUCUACCGGUGUAAAUCAUGUCGCCCUGAAUGGCGGAGUUAUUCAAAUGGAGUAUUUUUUUGGAAAAACAAAGCUUGUGUCCUAGCCUCUCUGUGUAUGCAUUUUAUUUAAUCCUGUUCGAAAAUUUCCUCGACUACUUGAAUAGAAUUAUAGCUUUUAAUAUGGAAACGAAGAAUGACAAGACACAAAGAAAUAUUUGUUUUUCUGCGAAACAAAGAUAAAAAGUGAGGUAAAUGUUAAGUCUGUUUACCUGUUUGUAAUUUUGAUAACAGCUUAUACUUGCUAAGGUUUAUUUUUAGUCCUAUUCAUUUAUUUUCAGAUGUUGCUUAUUAAAUAGAACUUUAAGGUAUUGUUUUGUUGCGAGUACACUCUCCCGUUACAUUACUGUCAUCUAUUCCUCUGCGUAGAUUUAGUUCGACGAUUACUGGUAGAUGUUAGUGGUCCCCAUAUUUUAUUCAUACCUCUGUUAUGUCUUGAAAUGGUACACUUAGAGCUGAGCUUCGUAGUGUGUCCUUUAAAUUUUGAAAUUCUUAUCCAGACUAUUCACAUGUUGCUAUUUUUAUGCUAAACUUUCUGGCCUCUAUGUAGUUUGCUGAUCUUAUUCGUUACCUGUACUGCAAGUGUCAAGCUUGAGAAAGACAGUACUUUUGUGUUAUAACGAACAGUUCUUUGCGGCAACAAAUCAUUGUUUCGCUUUUGAUUAUGAGACCUAGGAGCACGUGGCAUAUAAAAACAACAGCGUGUUAGAAACGCAUAGGUAUCUGUAACCUAAAUAGGGAUAAUAAAUACAAAGUAGUUUCACCCAAUUAUGGUGUAUCUGCAGUUUAUCACAGAAAACCUCUCCUUCCAUUUUUUUCGGCAGAAUCAUUUUCGACAGGGAUCUUGCAAAAAUACUAAAUACGCGAAAUCAAAAUACGCGCUUGUGAUGUUAAUCUUGUUUGUGGUCAUAUCAUGAAAAACUCUCCAUUUUGACAUUUUGACAUGUUGUUUUCAUGUUACAGUUCAGUGAUACAAAGAAACCCUCAAGGCAGUUCGCGAAGAAACAAAAGUCCAAAGCGACCACGCAGAACAUUGUAGACAAUGAUUUUCUUUCAUAAUGUAGGACUUUAUUAUUGCAACCUUAACUUCAAGGACACAUUCCAAACAUGAGUGUCGUGCUGUUUCCUUUUCCUAUUUACAUUUUACACUGAUUGACGGUGCCAGUCACAAAAGAAAACAAAUAAGUUUAUCAAA